GAAGAGAUCGGAAAGAGCGUUGUAUGGCUUAUGCGAGGAAUAUCAUGUAUCACAUUCCACUUAGAACAUCGGACCCUAAAACGCAAUGCUUCCGGAGCUUUUGACAUUCAGACGCAGCAAACAUGCUUUCACUUACUCGUCCACGUCUCGCACAACAGGGACUUCUCAAGCUUUUGCAAGUUCAAGUACGUCUUUCGCGAAGUCGGCCACAAUCGCAAGUCUUGUCGGCGCUUCAAGUUUCUCCUCUCCAUUCGAGGCGGCAUGCUUUCUCCACAUCCGUGAAGAGAUCACUGAACCUCAAACCGACGUCGAGCCUGGGACAAAAUGAGCAGCGGAGAUUUCAAGAUUCUCGGAGACUCCUGAAUAAUGCUCUGCAGGACAACUCGCGCCUUUUCGUUGUAGGGGGUAUAAUUUCCGUCGCUGGUAGGGCCACUGUGGUGUGCUGGACUUUGGGUGCAUUCGACGAAGAGAGAUGGGCUGAUCGCAUGAGCAAUUUGGGUCAAUACUUUCCAUGGACGAAGGAAUCCAGUACUCAGCCAACCGAGAGGGGCUGCAGGAAGGCUGGCAAAGAGGAGAAGAAAUCUGUUGAGCUUCCCGGCCUAAACAGAAGGAGUGAUGGCGCACCUACUCCACACAUACCAGAUCUCAAAAGCGGGACUGACGCCAGGAAAUAGAUCGUGAGACUGACACACGGAGCAAGUCUGUUUAUAGAAUCUCCCAUCAGAGACAAAUAUACAAAUAUCCUAGUGCAUCCAUUUUGGUGAUUUCGAGAGUCUCUGUUCUGUAUUUGCAGUCGCCACACUUGUUGUGAUGUAUUACCUAUGGGCUGGA